AUGUGGUUUUGUCACCCUGACUUCAUGCGCAUGGUUAUUGAGAGUUGGAAUGCUCCUGUUUCUGGAUCUCCCGCUUUUAUUUUUCCUUUCAAUAUCAAAAGAUUAAAGGCUUCCAUGAAAGAAUGGAAUUUAAGGGGUUUUGGCAAUGUUUAUGCAAAGCUCAAAAAAGCUAAGUUGACUAUGGAAGUUGCUCUUCGUAUUUCUGAUGAAGAUCCGGAAGACAUUACUAAGAUAAAUUAUGCCAAAGAAGCUUCAGUUACUCUUCAAGAAGUUCGUGCUCAACAAUCCAUUAUGUUAAAACAAAAGUCGAGAAAUAAAUGGCUCACAGAUGGUGCUAGUAAUACUUCUUUUUUUCAUACCAAUAUUCGAACUCGUAGGAGCAGUAAUAUGAUUUCGGGAUUGGUGGAUGAAAAUGGGAAUGGUCUCACUGAUUAUGAUCUUAUUAGAGACCAUGCGGUUUCUUUUUUCGAGUCUAAGUUUAAUAGUUAUGAAUUACCCAUUGAUGAGGAGUUAUUUCAUUAUGAUCAUAACAUUAUCUCUUCCGAAGAUAGUCAGAGAAUGGAUGAAAUUCCUUCUAUGGAAGAGAUGAAGGAUGAUGUUUUUGUUCUUGCCGCUGAUAGUGCUCCUGGCCCUGACGGUUUCUCUGGUUGUUUUUAUAGGCAUUGUUGGGAUGUGAUUCAACAAGACCUUUACAAUGCUAUUACCUUUUACUGCCAAGAGAAAAUAAUUCCUCAAGCUACAAGGCUGGGUAGUGUGCUUGAUAAUCUUGUUUCAGAGGAACAAGUUGCUUUCAUGAAGGGUAGAAACAUUCAUGAAAAUAUCAGUGUGGCGUCGGAGAUGGUUAAUGAGCUUAAAACCAAGCGUCAGGAUGGCAAUGUGGGUCUUAAACUAGACAUCACCCAAGAUUUUGACACGGUGAGUUGGUCUUUCGUUUUGGAAGUUUUUCGGAGGUAUCUAGGAGUUCAAAUUAUGCCUAGUGUUGUUAAGUAUCGUCACAUUAGCAAUGUGAUUGAUAAAAUUAAAAAUCAACUUGUUGUUUGGAAUGGUAAAAUGCUCUCUUUUCAAGACAGAAUUGUUCUUAUUAAUUCGGUGAUUGCUAGUUAUUCUAUUCACAACAUAGAUGUUUAUAAAUGUCCUAUCAAGUUUAUUAGACAAGUUGAGCGCGUGAUUCGCAAUUUUCUUUGGUCCGGAGAUGCUGAGGUCUCAAGAAAUUUUUUUGUUGGGUUUACUAAAGUUUGCUGCCCUUUGAAUGAAGGUGGUUUAGGCAUUCGUUUAAUUCACUCUACUGUGGACAAGCAUACCAAAGUGAUUCUUGGUGAUGGGAGGUCUACAUCUCUUUAUUUUGAUGUUUGGUAUGGUAAUGAGAGUAUUGCAGACAUGCUGGGUGAAACUGACUUUGAUGGUUCCAUCAUGGUUAGUGAUAUUAUUGUUAACAAUAAUUGCCAGUUGCAGGGCGAACAUGUUCAACAGUUGAUGCGAGCUGGUGUGGACCUAACAAAUUUUUUGGUGCUGCAAGGAGGGGAUGAUUGUAGAGUUUGGAUGCCUGAGAUGAAUGGACAAUUUUUAGUCUCGUCCGCAAAACAGAUCAUUAAAAAUAAGUAUGCAGUCGCUGAUGUAUAUGGUCUCUUGUGGAGGAAAGGCAAUACACCCAAAGUUGGUUUCUCAAAACUGGAAGCUAUGUAG